CUUCUGUAUACUGUAUGUUCAGUUGCUGUAGUGAUAUACCGUGACGAGACGGUAUAGUACGAUUAUUUCGUUAUAUCGAAUAUUGAAAGGUUAACUUGUCGUUUGCAGCGUGACAGGCACUUUCAGUGUUUACUGGUUAUAUCGGUUGAGACAGUACAAAACCGAAUUGCAGAAAUGGAGUGCUUGAUUGGUAUUCAAUGCAAAGAUUUCGUGCUGGUUGCAGCGGAUAUGACAACCACACAAUCCAUUAUAGUUAUGAAAAGCGACGAACACAAGAUUCACAAGAUCUCGGACAAGCUUGUUAUGGCAAUAUCUGGAGAAUCAGGUGAUACGACACAAUUUUCAGAGUAUAUUGGAAAAAAUAUUCAGUUAUAUAAGAUGCGAAAUGGCUAUGAACUGUCUCCUAAGGCUGCAGCUUGUUUUACAAGAAGAAAUCUGGCUGAUUAUCUUAGAAGUAGAACCCCAUAUUUUGUCAAUAUGCUACUGGCCGGAUAUGAUGAUGGUACGGGACCGGAAUUGUACUUUAUCGAUUACUUAGCAUCUUGUGUGAAGGUACCUUAUGCAACUCACGGAUACGGAGGCAUGUUUUCUAUGUCUGUCUUAGACAGAUAUUAUAAAUAUGAUUGUACCGAAGAAGAGGCAUAUGUAUUACUGAAGAAAUGCGUUCGAGAAAUUCAGAAGCGAUUGAUUGUUAAUUUACCAAAUUUCAAAGUUCAAAAGAUAUUCAAGGAUGGAAUUAAAGAUAUGCAGCCAAUCACAGCUGAAAAUUUGGCUGUAGAAAGUAUUGCCAAAGCAUGAAAAAGAAAAUAAAAAUGUUCUUUUAUAUUUCUAUAAUUGUAGUAAAAGAUUUUCCAUUAUAAGAAUAAAAUGCCUAAAUAUAUCAUUUGUCGAUAAGUUUGUCAAUAA